AUGUCGCCCGUCAUUGUCGAUGACGGCUCUGCCAUAGAGGACGUCGCGCCAGACCAGCACCAGGCCACACAGAUGUCAACGACAGAAGCACCUGUUACGGGCAGGCCCAGGACAAUGACGACAACCGAAGAGAUCGACAGCACCAUCAUCCGCCCGGGUUCGGUGCGCAUCAACGUCAAGGGCGCCUUCAUCGUCGACCCAGACUCGAGCUCCCCGAAAGACCCUGCCGCCGCCGCGGCCACUGGCAGGAUAUCUCCCACACAUCACGAAACGAGCGACAUUCGUCUGCCAAACCACACGGCUGUCAUCGGCGGCUCCCUCAUCAAGCUCGUCUACUUCUCUCGUGAGGCCCACUCGAAAGAGCCCGGCGGCCGCCUCAACUUCCUCAACUUUGAAACCGACCGCAUAGACGACUGCAUAGAAUUCAUGCGCCACCUCAAGGACAAGCAGCAGACACUCAAUGGAUCACAACCUGGCGCCCUCAGCGUCAUGGCCACGGGCGGUGGCGCCUUCAAGUUCUACGACAAGAUCAGGCAUGUCCUAGGCGUCGAUGUCCUGCGCGAGGACGAGAUGGAGUGCCUCAUUAUUGGCCUCGACUUCUUCAUCACCGAAAUUCCCCGCGAAGUCUUCACCUACAGCGAGACGGACCCCAUGCACUUUGCCUCGCCCUCCGACGACAUCUACCCCUACCUGCUCGUCAACAUUGGCUCCGGCGUCUCCAUGCUCAAGGUCUCGGGCCCCCGCCAGUACCAGCGCGUCGGCGGCACCUCACUCGGCGGCGGUACUCUCUGGGGCCUCCUCUCCCUGCUGACGGGCGCCCGCUCCUUCGACGACAUGCUCGACGCCGCCGAGCGCGGCGACAACUCCAAGGUCGACAUGCUCGUCGGCGACAUCUACGGCACCGACUACGGCAAGAUCGGCCUCAAGAGCACGACCAUCGCCUCCUCCUUUGGCAAGGUCUUCCGCAUGAAGCGCGAGGCCGAACACGAGGCCGAGGACCACGGCGGCCUGCACAACGGCGACUCGUCGGCCGCCGCCAGCGACGCGGCCCGCCACCCGCUCGACGCCGAGCACGACGCCGCCCACGCGGCGCCGUUUUCGGGCGGCGACAUCUCGCGCUCGCUCCUGUACGCCAUCUCCAACAACAUUGGCCAGAUCGCCUACCUGCAGUCCCAGAUCCACAACCUCUCGCACAUAUACUUUGGCGGCUCCUUCAUCCGCGGCCACCGGCAGACCAUCAACACGCUCUCCUACGCCAUCAAGUUCUGGUCCCAGGGCGCCAAGCAGGCCUACUUUCUCCGCCACGAGGGCUACCUCGGCGCCGUCGGCGCCUUCCUCAAGAGGCAGCCGCGGAACUGGGGCCGCAGGGGCAGCUUCGAGGAUGACGUUGGGCUCGAGGGUCGGCUGCGGCAGCGCGCGAGGGGCCACGACCCGGAGAUGCAGGACCUUGUUGACGAUUAUGCGGAGGACUCGUCGGGGGGGUCAUGA